AUACCGUAGUGCCUGAUGGGAAGAUGGCAGCCUCCUUCUCGGGUUCGUAUCCGAAGAAAGUUCCCCACCGCAAACGGAAGAAUAAACAAAAUAAAGUUGUACUCGACUUUGAUAUUGAAGGCAGAAAAGAUUAUCUCUUAGGAUUCAAGAAGAGAAAAGAUGAGCGCCGUAAAAAAGCCCAAGAAGAGAUUGAAAAGAAUUUCAAGGAGGCAAAAAAGAAGGCAAAACAAGAUGCAAGGGCGUCGAUGAUGAAGAAUAUAAAGCAAGAUAUUGCCAAGAUGAAGGAGCGCAAUAAUGAUCUUCUAGAACCACUGACAUAUGAGCAUCCAGAGCAGACAGUUACCGUGACAACAGUAGAAGCUCUUGACACCGACACUGGUGGCCUUGUCAUUGGACACAACUCUGUCUCAUAUGAAGAGGAAGAUAGUGGAGGAAAGCAUAAUGAAGAGUGUAAAGAUGCUUCGGUGCCUGAUGACAAUACUGCAGGAGAAACCAAGAAAAAGAAGGACUUGAGAACACAACCAGGGAAUAAAAAGAUGAGAAUUGGGAAGAAGAAGAUCACCUAUCAGCAAUCGUUAAAGCUAAAAAAGAAGCGAAAGCACAUGGAGAAAACACAGUUAAAACCUGGGGAGCGAAGGAAACUACUUAUUGCACAUGGCCGCAGACACAAGUGAUGCCGUAUUUGUAGAAACUUCAUUUCAUGUUUAGUUGUAUUUUCAUUCGUAUACUCUCU